CAGCGGAACGAAAGGGAAGGCUGGCGUGCGCGCGUCCCCUUUUCAGUUCACGGCCCCCUCUUCUUUGCUUCGACGCGCCCGCCCGCACGCACGCACGCACAAGCACACACUCUCGCUCUCUCUCUCGAGGAGCUUUUUCUGCUUCGAUUCGGAGCGCCGGGGCCGGCCGCCGCCGCGUAUGGGGCGGAGGAAGGUGGAGAUUCGGAGGAUCGCCGACAAGAGCAGCCGGCAGGUGACCUUCUCGAAGCGCCGGGGCGGGCUGAUGAAGAAGGCGCGGGAGCUCGCGGUGCUCUGCGACGUCGACGUCGCCCUCGUCGUCUUCUCCAGCCGCGGCAAGCUCUACGAAUUCUGCAGCGGCGACAGCUUUACCGACAUCCUCGAGCGAUAUCAGAACUAUUUGGGAGAAGCAGAGACCUCCAAAGAUAAAGAUGCCAAAACGGUUGAGGGAAAUGGAUCUGAAGAUGCGGUUUACUGGUCACAUCCUGAGAUUGUUCAGAUAGUUCAAAGAUACUUGAGAGGGCCAGAUAUUGAGAAGAUGAGUGUGACCGACUUAGUACAACUAGAGAAGCAACUAGAUUCUGCACUGAGACAAACUAGAUCUAGAAAGACAAAACUAAUGUUGGAGUUCAAAACUACCUUGCAGGAACAGGAAAAGAUGAUGAGAGAGGAGCGUGAGUCUCUGAAGAAGGAGAUUGCUUCCCUGGUGAGCUACGAUGAUAAUGUCAAUAAGGUUCCCCUGGGGAUUACCGAAAUGAACACGACAGUGCAUCAUCCUCGACUGGCUACUCUCCACUUACUCCGAUAGUGGCAGAAAAUGGUUGUGCAGUUACUGACAGAAUCUACCUUGACCUGCUGCGAUCCACUUGUGAUCGAAUAUGAUCUUGGCUUAGUACAGUUAUCAUGCAGGAUCAAACCUUGUCGUCUUUAUGGACUUUAUGACCUAGUUGACACACUCUCUUUGCUUUAUUAUCUAUUGUGGGCACAAUGAAACGGUAACGUGGACUAAUAAGACAUUCUCACUGAA